AUGAGGAAUCAUGUUUUCUACAUUGCUAUCUUUUUCCUAUUCUCUUUCGCUUUCUUACCGAGGGUUCAUUGUGCCGAAGGAACUUUUGCACCUUCCUUUUACACCGGUGAAAUCUACAAGGAACUUCAGAAUAUCGCUAUUCUUUUGAAUAAGGAUAUUAAAUCAAGUUUAGAUUUCUGCAUUAAAGACCCGAAAAAAGAUUGGGAAGAAGCUUUUGAUUUUACGGGAAGGUUGGACUUUGUUGAUUCUUGUGUUAAGAAAAAAGGAGAUUUCAGGGAUCGUAUAUGUACUGCAGCUGAAAUAAGGUACUACUUCCAUGGUUUCGUGGCACAGGGAGCAGCUACAGACAACUAUGUAAAACCUAACAAGAAUUGCAAUUUGACCUCAUGGGUUUCUGGUUGUGAACCUGGAUGGGGUUGUAGUACGGGCAAUAAUAUUGACCUAAGAAAGGACACAAAGGAAAUUCCAAAUAGAACCAAAAACUGUAAACCUUGUUGUGAGGGUUUUUUCUGUCCUCAAGGAUUGACUUGUAUGAUACCUUGCCCGCUAGGUUCUUAUUGCCCAGUUGCAAAACUGAACAAUGAGACUGGACUAUGUGACCCAUAUAGUUACCAGAUACCUCAGGGAGAAACAAAACAUACUUGCGGCAGUGCUGAUAUUUGGACUGGUGUGGUGAACAAUAGUGACAUAUUCUGUUCUCCCGGAUCAUACUGCCCAACUACAACACGUAAAGUUUCUUGUGAUCGUGGAUAUUACUGCAGGAUGGGCUCUACUCAUCAGAAUCCAUGCUCCAAGUUCAGCCAAUGUAAUCCAAACACAACGACCCAAAAUAUGCAUGCUUAUGGCGCUCUGCUUAUUGUUGCAUUGAGUACUGUCUUGAUCUUCAUUUAUAACUGUUCUGAUCAAGUUCUAGCUACUCGAGAAAGAAGGAAAGCUAAAAUCCAGAGAGGCAGCAGCAAGACAGGAUUGCAAGAUCAGCUAGUGCGCACUUUUUCUCGCAGAAAAUCAACAAAGCAAGGAGAGCAAGUUAAUCCUGCUACAGGCAAUCCAGUUUUGCCACCUAUGCCACCAGAACAACCAUCUGCAGCCACAAAGGAACCUAGUAACCUUACUAAAAUGAUGAAUUCCCUUGAGAAUGACCCUAAUAGUAAUGAAGGAUUCAAUCUAAAGAUUGGGGACAAAAAUAUUAAAAAACAAUUGCCUAAGGGAAAAAACUUACAUACACAGAGCCAUAUUUUAAGGUAUGCUUAUGGUCAGAUUGAGAAGGAGAAAGCUCAACAAGACAAAAAUAACUUGACCUUCUCAGGAGUGAUUUCAAUGGCCGCCGAUGGUGAGGAGGGUAGAUCGAGGCCUGAGAUCGAGAAAUUAAUUGGAUAUGUGCCGCAAGAUGAUAUUGUGCAUGGGAACUUGACAGUGGAGGAAAAUCUUCGUUUCAGUGCAAGAUGCAGACUAUCUGAUGACCUGCCAAAACCAGAUAAAGGUUCUGAUUGUUGA